UUCCAAACACAAGCUCAGCCCUGGACCGGACCCAAGGGAAGGGAGCAGUCUAGCGAACGCAGCCCUCUUCAAAGCGCGGCAGACUCCUUCCCGCAAACCCCCAGAUCCCGACGAGACCACGCCACAGCGCGGCGAAGCCCUAGCCUCCGGCCAGCGCCGCCGCCGCAGCGAUGGUGUACUUCGACUCAUGGGACGAGUUCGUCGACCGGUCCGUGCAGCUCUUCCGCGCCGACCCCAUCACCACUCGCUAUUGUAUGAAGUACCGGCACUGCGACGGGAAGCUCGUGCUCAAGGUCACCGACGACCGCGAGUGCUUGAAGUUCAAGACGGAUCAAGCUCAGGACGCAAAGAAGAUGGAGAAGCUCAACAACAUCUUUUUCGCUCUCAUGACUCGUGGACCUGAUGCUGACAUAAGCGAGGUUUCAGGGAAGGAACAAGCGGAGCAGCAGCAAUCAAAGAAGGGACGGGGCAGGAGGCAGUAGUAUCAUGCUCUGGAUUUCUUUCAGAAAGAUCACAACUGGGAAUGGUGGGUGGAUAUUUUGAUCGACUCCUGUUAAGCCAUGUUACAACUGUGAGUGGUGGGUGGUCUAAGAGUGGCGAGUAGUUUUCAAGACAAUGUGCGACGUUGGAUCCUUUUCCUGGCACAGAACCGCGAAUUACACUUACCCACACAAUCAUGGUUGAUGAGACAAAUCAAAUCUUUGACCGUCUGCGUGUUUUGUUGAUGAAUCAUGGUUGACAAGACAAUCAAAUCAUUCCCCGCCUGCGUGCUUUGGUGAUGA